AUGCCGAAUCCAAACCCCACCAUAGGCUUUCUGUAUGAUUUCUGUAAUGCUGGCCGUCUUCCACAAUUGGUUCCUGAACAAGUCGUCAAGCUGAAACAACUUAGUGUGCUUACACUGGCUGAGACGAACAAGGUUCUACCUUAUGAUCAACUAAUGCAGGAGUUAGAUGUUAUGAAUGUACGUGAACUUGAAGAUUUCCUAAUCAAUGAAUGCAUGUAUGCGGGCAUAGUCAGAGGGAAGCUGGAUCAGUUGCGAAGAUGCUUUGAGGUUCAAUUUGCAGCGGGGAGGGAUCUGAGACCUGGUCAACUUGGGAGCAUGAUACAAACUUUGUCAAACUGGUUGGCUACGUCGGACAAUCUACUUAUCUCAAUUCAAGAAAAGAUUAAAUGGGCUGAUUCUAUGAGCGAGUUGGAUAAGAAACACCGAAAGGAGGUUGAAGAUAGGGUGGAAGAUGUAAAGAAGUCCAUUUCACUCAAGGUCAGUUGAAUCUGG